UAGAGUUCAUUCAUGUUUACAUUUGGAGGCUACAAUUCCUCUUUGCGUCCAGCCAACAGUGUAGCUUAAACACCACCCGCAGCUGCUCGGAUGCUCAACGGGAUAUAAGAGGACACAAUUUUCUAACGACAUAAGAAAAAGAUGCUGGAUGGAGGUGAGAUGUGCCUCACUGGUUUGGGAACUGAGGAGCACAAUGGCAUCUUAAAAGAUUGUUGAAAACAAGAGGUGCAGCAUCUUCCAAUAUCACUGUCCUCGCAAAUGUAGCAGUAACAACACAGUCAGGAUGGGUCUAAAGGUGGACAGUCCAGACAGAAAUGAUGAUGCUCAUGAAUAUGAGCAACAAGAAGAGGGCGAGGGGGACGGAUGCCAAACUGAGGCCUUUAUUCGCACCUUACCACCACCCACUAGCAAGAAGAGGAGGAAAACCAAGAGGAGAUUGUGGAUCAACCUCACCAACUGCAAAUACGAAAGUGUGCGGCGAGCUGCUCAUAGAUAUGGCCUAAGGGAGGCAAUGGAGGAUGAAGAUUGGACGCUGUUCUGGACCGACUGCUCUGUGUCUCUGGACCGUGUUAAAGACAUGAAGCGUUACCAGAAAAUAAACCAUUUCCCAGGGAUGAGUGAGAUCUGCCGCAAAGAUUCACUGGCAAGAAACCUGAACCGCAUGCUGAAACUCUUUCCUAAAGACUACAAUAUCUUUCCCAGAACAUGGUGCCUUCCUGCAGACUACAGUGACUUCCAAGCUUAUACCAGGGCCAAGAAAAGCAAGACAUACAUCUGUAAGCCAGAUACAGGUUGCCAAGGCAAAGGCAUCUUCAUCACCAAGUCCAGUAGAGACAUCCCACCUGGAGAACAUAUGAUCUGCCAGGUUUACGUCUCCAGGCCUUUCAUGAUCAACGGAUACAAGUUCGACUUGCGGAUCUAUGUGCUGGUUACAUCUUGUGACCCAUUCAGCAUAUUCAUGUUUAAGGAGGGACUGGCUCGCUUCUGCACCACAAAGUACAACGAGCCAACACACAACAAUGUGGAGGAUGUGUGCAUGCAUCUUACCAACUAUUCCAUCAACAAGAACAGUGAGAACUUUGUCCGCGAUGAGGACGUUGGCAGCAAGCGGAAGUUGUCUAGCCUCAACAAACACCUGGAGUCCAUCGACUGCAACACAGAGAAGAUGUGGAAUGACAUUGAGGACAUCAUCAUAAAGACGCUGAUCUCCGCUCACCCCAUCCUCAAGCAUAACUACCACACGUGUUUCCCCAACCACACCUCAGCCAGCGCCUGCUUUGAGAUCCUGGGUUUCGAUGUGCUGCUGGAUCACCGGCUCAAACCCUGGGUGCUGGAGGUGAAUCACUCCCCGAGUUUUACCACUGACUCACAGCUGGACCGUGAGGUGAAGGAUGCAUUGCUGUACGACACUCUGGUCCUCAUUAACCUGGGCGCCUGUGACCGUCACAAGAUCACCAAAGAGGAGAGGCGCAGGGCAAAGGACAGACUGCAGCAAAACCGCUCUAAAGAGGCCAGGUCAGAGGAGCUGCGACAGAGCCAGGCAGCCACAGUGGAGCAGAUGGAAAAGUAUGAGGCCAAACACCUGGGGGGUUUCAAGAGGAUCUAUCCCAGAGAGGGAGGGGAGAAAUACGACAAAUACUUCAAACACAGCAGUUCGCUCUUCCAGGAGACUGCAGCAUCUAAGGCCAGAGAGGAGUGUGCCAGGCAACAGCUGCAGGAGCUGCGUCUGAAGCAGGAGCAGAAAGAGCGGGGCCAGAAGGGGGGGCGGAGGAGAGACUUGCAGGGGGAGACAGCAGGAGAGCGAGUUAAACCACAAAGAGCAUCAGCACCGCCGCCUCCUGAACUGCAGCCGUCGCCUCUGAUCGGACCAUCAGUGGAUCCAGAAUGUGCAGAAGUCCGAGAGGAGGAGGAGCAACAGGAGAGGGAGGAGGAGAAAGAGCGGAUCAACUCAUUGCUCCAGAGGAAGAAACUGCUGGAGGAACUGGGGGUGGUGGACCAGAUCCACCAGCUGCUGCAGGGCCCGAUGGAAGGAGGUGGAGUCCUGCAGGACCUCAAGGAAACCUGCAGCCAUAAGCAGAGUGAGAUACAAGAGCUGACAAAGAUGGAUUCGCUGAUUUCACAGAGGACAAAGCAGCAGCAGCAGCAGCAGCAGCAGUCCUGCCAUCAGAACUUGCGGCAGCAGCUCCACUCUCACAUGACUCAGCUGCGUUUGCUGAGGCCCCCAAUCAACCAGAGGAGCCUGAAUGAGUCUGCCUGCCUGCACAAUUCUGAGAGCCUCAAAAGGCAGGGAGAAUUACGUAGGACCAUCAGCGCCCAGCGGAUGCCCUGGCCAGCCAGUAGCUGUCAUGUUGUGAGGCAGGACAGCAGGAGCAGCUCCUACAUGGAUACCAGGUCCCGUCCCGGCAUCCCCGUCAUAAACCACGUCCCUAAAGGCGGUCUGCACUGCCCCUCCAUGCCCCAUGACCCUGCAGAUCUCCAGAGCCUGCUUGUUAUCUCCACACGUGCCCCACUGGUCAGGAGGCCUAGCUUCUCUCACGUUGUCCGGAACUCCUCCCGCAGAGUCCCCCAGCACAGCAAAGGGCACUGAGGAACAGGAGAGACCCCCGAGGGUCAUUGAGCAGGAAGUGAGGGACCAAACCUUCAGCAGAUGAUGUAUUUUCUUUUUAGGAAAACAUCUGUGGAGAGAUGGAGGUUGAAUAAAACUGUGAAAAUGUAGUAAAAGACACUGUGCCAAUAGAGAAUAUCUCAUGUUUGUAAAAGAUUUUAUAUGCUGACAUCUGCUGUUUACAACAUUAUGCUUCAAACUUUUAUACUGUUUGUGCAAAUAUGUUUAACAGCUUGUAUUUAAAGGGGAUUGUCUCAAGCAAAAUCCCACAUACAGUGCCAAAUUAUAUGAUGGAACAUGACAGACCCAUUUCUGCAAAUUAGCUUUCAAAAAGAAUCUGAAACGUAUUAAUUCACUGACUUCUGUGUUCUGAUAUGGACAUGAUUGUAUCAACUGAACUAAAUCUCCUCAUGUUUCAGGACUAUUAAAUUCUUAAUUAACAAAUUUAAAACUAGGUUUAAAAGUCAUCCAUUGUUGGAUGUAGAAAAUAAAAACUUGCUGCUUUUUAUCUCAAGGAAAUUUAUUUCAGUAAUAGAAAAUAACUUUUUUUGCUAUGGAAAUUAAUAAAAUGUGUGAUUUUCAUUGUGGUGACUGAAUUCUCAUAUUC